UACCAGCGAGCGCUUGACGACGAGCUCGACAAUCUCCUCGCCCAGCGGAGCGAUCUCGACAAGCAGCUCGUCCACCUCCAGAAAUCGGCCGAGGUUCUCGAGAUUGUCAAGGCCGAUUCUGACUACUGGAGCAGCAAUGUUGGUUCCACCUGCGACCUCGCUGACCACGUCAGCGCCAAGGUUCGGGAGCUGGACCUGGCUCAGUCGCGAGUGAACACUACCGUGCUGCGGAUCGACGCCAUUGUCGAGAGAGGGAAUUGCAUCGACGGAGUGAAGAACGCUCUGGAGUCGGAGGAUUACGAGUCGGCCGCCAAGUAUGUGCAGACGUUCCUUCAGAUUGAUGCCAAGUACAAAGACUCCGGAUCCGAGCAGAGAGAUCAGUUGCUGGCUUCCAAGAAGCAGCUUGAAGGGAUUGUGAGGAAGCGGCUCGCUGCUGCAGUGGAUCAGCGAGAUCAUCCCACGAUUCUGAGGUUCAUUCGGCUGUAUUCGCCUCUGGGAUUGGAGGAGGAAGGGUUGCAGGUUUACGUAGGGUAUUUGAAGAAGGUAAUUUCUAUGAGAUCGCGGCUUGAAUUUGAGCAUUUGGUGGAGUUGAUGGAGCAGGGGCAUGCUCAAAACCAGGUUGAUUUUGUUGGUUGUUUGACUAACUUGUUUAAAGACAUUGUGCUAGCCAUAGAAGAGAACGAUGAAAUAUUGAGGAGUCUCUAUGGAGAAGAUGGGAUUGUUUACGCGAUUUGUGAAUUGCAAGAAGAGUGUGAUUCUAGGGGUUCCCUCAUUUUGAAGAAAUAUAUGGAAUACAGGAAAUUGGCCAAGUUAGCAUCAGAGAUCAAUGCCCAAAACAAGAACUUGCUUGCUGUUGGAGGGCCAGAAGGCCCUGAUCCUAGAGAGGUUGAAUUGUACUUGCAAGAGAUUCUGUCGUUGAUGCAAAUAGGUGAAGAUUACACGGAAUUUAUGGUUUCCAAGAUUAAAGCAUUGAGUUCAGUUGAUCCGGAAUUGGUACCAAGAGCCACAAAGUCUUUCACGAGUGGGAGCUUCAGCAAAGUAGUCCAAGACAUUACUGGCUUUUAUGUGAUCUUUGAAGGGUUCUUUAUGGUUGAAAAUGUUAGGAAAGCCAUUCGGAUUGAUGAGCAAGUACCUGAUAGCCUUACCACUUCGAUGGUGGAUGUUGUGUUCUAUGUUCUGCAGAGUUGCUUGAGAAGAGCAAUUUCCACUUCAAACAUUAGCUCAGUGAUUGCUGUCCUUAGUGGCGCAGGUAGUUUGUUGAGCUGA